GAUACUGUCGCCGUUGAUGAGCGAUGCGAACGUAAUACCGCGGCGAUGAUUUGCCUCGUCUUAACCAUAUUUGCCCAUAUUUUCCAGACAGGGUGGACUGGAGCAAAGGAGCGCACCUUCAUUGCUGUGAAGCCUGAUGGCAUUCAGCGUAGACUUGUGGGAGAGAUCAUCUGCCGGUUUGAGCAAAAGGGCUUUAAACUGGUAGGACUUAAACUUUUACAGGCUCCUGAGUCUGUUCUGAGGGAGCAUUACUGGGACCUGAGGGGUAAGCCGUUCUUCAAUGGACUGGUCUGCUAUAUGGGCUCUGGACCUGUUGUCGCUAUGGUGUGGCAAGGUGUGGAUGUGGUAAAAACUUGUUUUGGAAUGCUGGGGGAGAUGAACCCUGCCGUCUGCCUUCCUGGCACCAUCAGAGGAGACUACUGUGUAGAAGGGGGAAGAAAUGUCAUCCAUGGCAGUGAUUCGGUGGAGAGUGCUCAGAGAGAGAUCCCCCUGUGGUUCAGACGCCACGAGCUCCACAGCUGGGACCACAGCAGCAGCCGCUGGAUCUAGGACUGAUUCAUUCUUUUCUUUUGUUGUAGCUUGCAGCUAGGUCAAAAUUGUGUUUGCUAAAGAUAUUUGUUGAUCGUUUCCCUGUUUCUCUUGCUCUAAUGUAGCCAUUUUAGAGAUGAAGAUUAGAAAUAUUCAUAUACAUGUUACAUAAUAGCUUUUGAAAUUGGUAUAGAGGUAUGUGUGUAGCCAUCUCCAAAAGCACUCUCAGUUGAGUGUGUAUACAAUGAAGCCACACACACACACUUACACACUCACACACACGUUCACCCACAACCAGCCGUGUGGAUCUCAUGGGCCAUGUCUUGAAGAGCGUCCAUUAAAGUAGCACAAGCAGUUUUUUGAGAGUGCAGGUAGCCACCCUGGUUUAAUUCACACGGGCAAAGCAAGGACUGCAGGAUAUGAACCCAUACAGGAGCCUCAGAUGUAUUUUUACCUCCUUGGUUCAAAUGAGUCCUAGAAUGUGUAAAAUUGUCUACGGCAUUUCAACCAGUAAAACAAGGCAUUGAUAUCCAGACUCAGGUCUAAUAUUAUGAGUUUAGUUUUACCUCUGUCUUCAGUCUUCAAUGUAGUCAUCUAUGUUCCCUCUCAUUUUUAUCUGCACUGAGCAAAUAGAAAUAUGUCUGAGCGCAGACCUCAGUAGGCCUACGCUGAGCAAAGUUUGCAGAGAACCCCGCUAGCUUCUUCGUAGCUAAAUAUAUCAGAAAGUUUCACCAGCCUACCUGGACAAUCGCUUGUGUCCGUUUGUAGGAUUUCACCAAGCCAUUCGUGUUUAAAUGUAAACUGCCCUUUUUUUGCGGUAGUUCUAACGUUCCUGAUUUUUGUU